AUGGCUACAAAUGAUCCUAAUAUCCCUGAGGAGGAGAUCCUAGAUGAGGAAGAGUACCCUCGGCACCCUGGAAAGCAGCCUAUGGUGGAUUCUGACCCCGAUGAGAUGAGUGAAGCCAAAAAAUGCAACGAAGAGCUAGCUAGACUAGCUGCUGAAGCGCAGGCGGCUCAAGCCCCACCUCCGCAAGAUACCCAGGCUCCGCCUCCGCAGGACGCUCAAAUUCCACCCUGUAGGCCUCAGGGUCGACUGCGUAAAAGCGCGACCACUGGAAGAGCAGGGCCACCUCUGCCACCAGCAGAGCAGCCUGUCCCACUGAGACCCCGGAGGGGUAACCGAGAUGAAGGUCCUGCCAACCCAACUGCAGAGGCACCAGCCGGAGUUAAGUGUGUUCAAGUUCUUAUUGAGUUUGGAGCCAAUGUGCAUGUUGUGGAUUAUAACAAAGACACUCCCCUACACUAUGCGGCUCAUUAUGGCCAAAAAGAAUGUGUGGCGAUUCUAUUAGAGAAUGAAGCUUCUAUCACCUCUGAGAACAUGUAUGACAAGACACCCAUUCACAUUGCUCGACAAGAAAACCAUGACCAUGUUGUAAAAUUGCUUGAGGGGGUUUUCUUGUGA